GCCGGCGUCACGUGGUCCGGGAGGGGAAGCUUCCGCUUCCGGGUAGGGCUCGCGCGGUCGCCAUGGCGAGCAACGCCGCCAGCCUCAACGCCGUGCGGGAGACCAUGGACGUUCUGUUUGAGAUUUCAAGAAUAUUAAACACUGGCUUGGAUAUGGAGACCUUGUCUAUUUGUGUGCGACUUUGUGAGCAGGGCAUCAAUCCAGAAGCAUUAUCUUCUGUUAUUAAAGAACUGCGUAAAGCUACAGAAGCUCUAAAGGCUGCUGAAAAUAUGACAGGCUGACGUGGGAGAAGCCUGCUGCAUGAGAAGAAUUCAAAGUUCUAGAGUUAAUAGAUAUGAAAAUUGAUUGCUGUUCAGACAUAGAAUGAAAUUAUGACUGUGAAGGUUUCAGAAUAUUUCUAUAAUCUUCUUGAAAAGGAUGAUGUAUAGAACAGCUUUGAUAAGUUUUUUCAAAUAAGAUAGGUCCAACAAUAAUUUUAUUAUUCUUUAAUUUUUGGUUGUUUUUGUGAACCACGUGUAAAUAUAGUGUAAUCACUCUUUAGCACCCAGUAUUUUUAAACCAUGUCAGGUACUGAACACUUGCUGAAAUUGCUAGCAUGUUCCAGUGAAUAUUAUGAGUACAGCUGGUUAAUGCAUCCUUUAAAAGUGCAAAUGUGUCCUGUUUUUACUCCUGUAUUUGUAUAAACCAAUGUGGACACUUUCAUCCGUGGGCAAGAUAGGAAUGAAGCCCCUCCUGCCUUGAUUGUAACCAGAGUACUGGUGAUGACUUAAAUAACUUAAAUCUCAUUCUGAAAGUAAGAAAUAAAGCACUUUUAUAAUGAAGGUAAUUAAUUGUCCUUUUAAUUCACAUUGUUAUAAGAAGUGUUUUUAACCUGUGUAAAAAAGGGACUUCGAAUUAUGCAGAUAUCUAUGUAAAUUUGAAUUCUGUAUGACAGGGGAUAUCAUACAGAGUUCAAAUCCUAUUUAAUUUACACUUGUUUGGAGUACUGGACCUGAAAAUAUUAAGCGUAUGUUGUUACUUCCUACUCAAAGCAUGUAUGAAAAGUAUCAGAUUUGGUCGUGAGUCUUAAUGCUCAUUUUUUGCAGGAAUGUCUCUAUAUUCAGCACUAGGAAUCUUCACUGAUGCCAAAAUGAGUCUUUAUAGUGUAUAUACAGUGAACUGUGGAGCAUGUUAUCCAGUGAAUGUCCUUGCAUCCAGGAAAUAUACUUCAUAAGAAAACUGUU